AAUGAGAGAGUUUAAGUGAUGUGUGCUGUGUAGUUCUAUUUUGGAUUGCACACAAGGAGAUGCUCAUGAUGGAACAAAUAGAGGCAGCCAUGUACCAAAAUAUGAAGAUAACAGGGAGACUAACUAAAAAGAAAAUAGAAAAAAUAUUAGGAGGGGAAAAAGAUCCUACUAUGGACAGAGGACGGAGGGAACCCAUCAUCAAGUGGUUUGUUGACAAUCAGGCUGCGCUACUCCUGUGCGAUGGACGUUUUCCUCCCUGGUUUCAAGGCUUCAUCUCCAGACAGGAGGCAGAAGAUCAACUCAGAGACAUGAAUGUUGGCUGUUUCCUUAUUAGACUCAGUGAAAAGGGCAUUGGAUACAUUCUUUCAUACAAAGGACAUGAUCGCUGUCGCCAUUUUGUCAUAAAUCAAACCAGAACUGGCAUGCUCGUCGUCUCUGGUGAUUCCGCCACUCAUAACAGUCUCACAGAGCUGAUUGAUUACUUUAAAACCACACCCAUCCAGCCGUUCGGAGAGUACCUCACUUCGUACACCACGGAUGUUGAUUCUGUUGAAGAGGUGGAGCUAUCAGUGAUUCCUGAGCAUUUUGAAAUAUCAGAAAAUAUGCUAGAAAGGACAAGGACAAUUUUACUGUCUGUUUUCUUUCUUCAGGAUUCUAAACAGGACCUAUAUGAUGUUGUUCAAAGUAAGCCUAUCAUUAGGUUAGGAGUGAGUGUGAAGGCUCUAACAAGUUUGUGGGAACAAACUAGUGAUGGUCAUCAGGAGACAAGUUCAGUUCUGCCCCCUAAAAGUAGCCGCAAACUCACUACCUCUACUUCCUUUGAUAGAGACAGCCAUUCACAGCAGGAUAAGAAGAUUCCACCUUUGCUAAAGAAAACUGCAACACUUCGGAAUUCCUUAAGCACAGGUUAUCUUGGUCCAAAUGCUUUUCAUGAUAAACAAAUUCUCUUUGAACCAAUGACAUCUAGUAAAGGGGUUGAUGAGAAACCUCAUGGCAUAAGAAAGAGGGAUUCCAUGGACACCAAGGGUGGCAAUUCUCAAUUAAAGGGUCCUGAGAACAUUCUCCCUAUAUCUAUAGAAACAAACCCAACUCCCCAGGGUGAAUACAAUGAAAAGUCACAGUCUCUGGCAUUUAACCCCUGUGACCCUACAUCAUCUUCCCCUCCACAACUUCCACCCAAAACAGCCUCUUGCUAUUCCACUUUACUUCUAUUUAAAAAGACUCAAACUGAAGCUGAUCAGUCAACCCUGCAGCCCAAUCCACUCUAUGAGGGCUUGUGCACUAAGAAGUAUGUCCAAACUGAGUCAGAUUAUGACAAUCGCACAAAGACCAUCUGCAAAACCCUUUUAUUUGAAGACACAUUUCAAGCCAAACCUGACCAACGUGACAAUGACACCUAUGAGCACAUACUAGAGAUCCACGGAAACGGUACCUGUGAAGAUAUCCCAGCAUCAGACAAUAACACAUAUGCAAGUUUGGAGGAGAUACAACUGCACACAGUGAAGAAGAAUCACAAGUGGUGGAAAUUUCAUCCAGAAAGCAAGAAAAAGUAAUAUGAGGUGGCAUCAUGGUAUGGUAUUCUAGAUGAAUGCCCAAGUAAAAACAUAAUAAACAUAUUUGUGAUUUAAUUAUAUAUUUUAUUAUCUUUUCGUUCUAUACACUAUAUUUCAGUAAUUUAAAGGCAUAAUUUUCAUGUUGGUGUGUAUACAGUAUAUUUGGUAAAUAUCCAGCUACAUAUAAUGGAAAUUGUUAAUACAAAUUGUUAUUUUAUGUGAUCAUGAUGAAAUAUAUUUUAAAAAAUGUAUUGGAAUGAAAUGUAUUUAUAUUUAAACUGCUCUGCGCAUCUCUAUUGUUAAAGUACUUUAACCUGGAUCUUAUCAUUCUAUUUAUAUUGUGUGUACUGAAUUACAAGGCACCUUUACUCCUUUAACUUUGACAAACCAUCUAUGUAUCCAUCACACUGUAUGAUGUAACAGAUUGUCUCAACAACUCACAACACAAUACAGAGUAAUUUAAUUAAGCAUUGGGUUGAUAUACAGUAAGUGCUCUAUAUGAGGUUAGUAUUGAAUAGUCUAAUUGCAUUGUGAUGUAAUCUUGUUGUCUCUUGUUGUCUCCUUUAAAAUAAAGUACUGAGAAUACA